GGAGCUGCCUGCGACGAGGGGGUGUCGUCCUGCGUGCGACGCAUUCCUUCCUUCAAUCGCGUCUAUUGUCUGUUCCUCCAGUCACACUGCAUUGCAUAUAUGUCUGUCUAGCGGCGCCUCUCCAGACGUCCAGUGUCCUCUAGAGUCCAGAAUCCAGCUUGGAUAACCCCUCCCCAGUGCCCCCCUCACACAGAUACCUAAGAACGAAACGACCAACUCUAAGCGUUGCACCACUUCCAACCUAAUCUAUAUAGCCGCCAUCGCCCUCUUCCCUACAUCUCACCACUUGCUGAUUUCCCCCCUCUUUCUGAACUGAUUUGUCUCAUCCCGGUGAUUCCAACAGUUCGGGAGGCUAAGGUCGUCACUUGACCCCUGUGCGACCCAAUCUGCUGGCUAUCCAGGCUGAGCCGCAGACUCAUCAACUUAUACCACUCUUCCGGGUUUCGACAUUGGCACAUCACGUGGUCACCAUGGCUACUCAGACUGGAACCGCCUCACGAAGGCCAAAGUUGUCGUUGAGCAUCAAGACAUCACCGGCACCUCACACAAGAAUCAACAAGUCCUUGUCCGUCAUCGAUCCCAAGGACCCGACCACCUUCAACACCCUCUCCAACGUCUACGUGACCGCCAUUGAGAGGUCGACACCCACCGCAGCAGAACCGCUCACGGCCAUCAACACAUCCCAAUCACAGCCCUCGCAGUUGCACAAUGGCUCAAAGACACCCCAGCUCCGCAUCCAGACGCCGUACGCAGUCUCCUACCCGGAGACCCCGUUGACCGCACACCCUCUUUCGCCCGGCGUCGCAAUGGAGAUCACCUUUCCGAGUACCAUGACCGCCACCCCGCCUCUCUCCGCCGGCCCCGUAGAGCCCAACCAAGGUCCCCAGAUGUUUGGCUUCUCGCCAAUCGACACUAGGACGCCGCUGACGGCCACCGGACUCAUCACGAACUUGCCAGAGCCGCGCUCGCAAAGGAAGCGUAACAAUAACCUGACCCUCGCGGGCUCAAAGCUGCCGUACACCCACCCCCGCUCCCUCCACAGCAUCCUCCGCAACUCGCCUCUACCUCCGCCAAGCGCAAAGACACCCAUCUCACCCCGCCGGCAGUCCCUGCGCUUGCAAGAGAAGGCGGCCCGCCGCGUGGCCUACAACAGUCCCAUCGAGCAGACAAUCACAACAGAAACAUACACAAAGUCACAUAUUGACCUGCUCGUCGAGGACGUCGUUUCCCCUGCAUCACCGGCAGCAGUGGCAGCAGCAGCGGAGACGGCACUGGCAUCAGCGCCGGCCCAGGAGGAGCAAAACACGGUGCUGGACCUCGCCAUGGCCUUCACGAGCGACGAGACCCGCGACGGCGGCAUGACGCCAGGCCCGUUUGAGGAGAUGCGGCGGCGGAUGGCGGGGCUGGCGGCCAACUCGCCACCGGUCAGCCCGUCUGGCGGCAUUAGGAAGCGGACCAAGCGCAAGGAGAAGAAGCGGCGGUGGGUGUGGACGAUUGGGAACCAGGAGGAGGACGAGGAGAAUCUGGGCGGUGCCGUGGCGGCUUUGCGGGCGGCCGAGGCGGCAGCGGCGGCGGCGGCGGCACAGACACCGCGGACGGCACAGACACCGGUGUUGUCGGUCCCUCGGAGGAAGCCCGUGGCUGCUGUGGCUGCUCCCCCUCCGAUCGUGGAGGUGCAGACCUGCGGCGAUCUCCCGACGCCUAGCGUCGAGACAUUUGAGGAGGCUGCUUCUGGGGAAGAUGUUGAGAUGUCGGAUACGAGUAGCGUCUCGUACUCGUUUUCCGAUCGGGGUUUGACGCCGGGGGAUAUGGAGAUUGAUCUGACGACGCCGACUGUGCCGAAGCGUCUCGUGUCACAGUGCGACAGGCUGGGCUCGGCGGAUCUGAUUAAUCCGGAGACUGGGAGUCGGCGGGAUACGCCGAUACCCCCGGAUAUGGUUGUCCAUUGAUGGGGAUUACCAAGUUACCUUUCAAGGGGGGUGAGCUGGAGUGGGAUCUAAUUUGGAGACACUUGAGAAAUUGCAUCUGCGUGGUGUUCAGGGAGCGAAUUCUUGAAAAAUGGUGGUUUCUUUUGUAGGAUUAUGUACAUGUACCGGCUUAAGGGGUUAAUGAGGAACACGACGCACUAUGAACCAUAUCCUCGGUAAUCUUGAUCGAUUGCGCCGUGAUGUUCCUCCUCGUGUUCCUCCGCAUGUUCCAGCCGUGGACUACCUAGCAAGACUGGGAGGAGCAAUUGUUUCCGGACACGCAGAGGAUGCUGCCACUUGGGAGCUCGGACGUAAGGUGGCGCGAACUUGUGGCGGCCAAAAAGAACGGCCUAGCCAGCGGACGAGUUCAUAGAGGUUCGACCAACAACCCUUGCCUAUUAGUAAGAGACCAGACCAACAAACUGCAACGAAGCGAUGAACGGAAGGUUGAAACGCCAAAUAGAUGAUGAUCUAAACCUCG